AGAUUUGCAAAAAACGUACAAAUAUCCUAAUUGGGAUACAUUAACUAAGAUUCGUCGUAAAAAAAAAGAAAGUUGUGUUUAAUAAAAAGAUUUAUUCGUACGGUCAUUUUCUCCAAAAACUUGCGGUUAAUUAAAAUAAACCAAUUUACAAAAACAUAGAAAAUCGUAUGAUUAGUCAUAAAAAUGAAAAAUGUUACCUUUGUUUAGCUAAAAUUCUACAAUGGUCUAAAAUUAAAAAGGAAUUAGGAGUCUUUGCCGUUCUUCGUAAACGGGAGUGGUCCAUCAAUUUUUUUCCUUUUUCCGAUAUUUGCAACAUCCAUAGAAAGUGUUAACCGGAAAUAACGUACAUUAUAAUAAUUGCAUGCAAUGCGUGCUGCCAUGAUUCGGAGAUCCCGCAUAUCUUCUUGCGAGUUGCCUGAUGAUCCCGAAGACUUAGAUAGCCCCGAAGCUAUUGAAGCUGGUUCCUUAACCAUAGAAAAUGACGAAAGUAAACCUGUACAAAAUGAGUUGUGGGAACGUUCUCCGUUUUACAAUUUAUAUGCCUUACCUAACGAUGGAUCGGCGGUAUUACGAUUUGAAAUCUUAACAGCCCGAAUGAUGCCACCAAAUGGUGAAGAUUUAAAAGUGAAACGUUAUGUCGUUUAUGAUUUAACGGUACGUUUGGAUUCAAAAUUCGCAGCGGAUUCUCGACCGGCUGUUAUAAAAAGACGUUACACAGAUUUCCGUGAAUUGUAUAUUAAACUUAGGCGUGAUCAUCAUGUUCUCAUGUCUAGGGUAGAUUUUCCAAAUAAAGUUUUAAUGGGUAACUUUUCUGCUACCCUUAUAGCUGAACGUGGAGCUUCCUUUGAAGCAUUUCUGAAUUAUAUUGUUAAUAAUGAGACUCUAAAGCAAUCUCCAGAAUUUUUACACUUUUUGCAAAAUAACGAAUUAACUAAGGCCUGUCAAUUAAUGGAUGAACGCAACGAUAGCUGUGUGCCGAUAUUGGAAAAUAGUUUCCUCUUAUUAAAUAAAAUAUUUAUGGAUCGUUCAAAGCCAGUUUUGUUGCUAUUAUGUCGUCUUGUUGCUGCUUGUACAAGCUGUACACCAAUGCCUCACGAAUCUGCAGAAAGAUGGGCUGCCUUAGCCUUAAGCCGUUAUGAGACUUUAAGCGAUAUUGAUCUACUGCCCUUGUAUAUACCUUUGCUGAACACAUGCGCUCAUUUGUGGUGGCAACAGGGACAUGAUCAAAAACCUAUAACUGAUCGCUUAACGGAUAUGUCCAAAAAAGGCAUAAGUAUUAACAAUGUCCCUAAUCUAAUCCAGGCUAUACAUAAAUUGGAUCCUCGUUCGGAAACUAUUUAAGAAACAAUUAUAUAUAAAAUAGACUUAAGGAAUAAAAGUGCAAUUUCUAAACGGUAUAUAUAUUGACAUUUACUAUUUGAUAUCGAAUAUUUGAACAGAUAUUGAAUGCUUUUUUUACAUGAAUUUUUUUUUUUAAUUUAUUAUGGAAUUAUAUCUGCAUUUUGUUUU